CAUCUGGUGUACAUGUACAGUAGUUGUUAUUCGCAUAGACGGCAGCCCCACAAGAUGUCGUUCAUCCACGUGUUCGUGGUGACCGCAGUUCUGCAGUGGUCUGUAGUGACCGGAGAAGGCCGUACUGACCAGUUGACCCUGUCACUGUGCAGGGUUUGGGAGGAGUGUCUUGAGACAGCCAUUGACAACGACUUGGAACACGCUGAGCCCGGGACUUCCCAGGCGAUCUGUGGCGACUUUCUGGACAUGUUAGAGAAGCAUGGCGUGGAUUGUGGAACCCUGCAGGACCCUGAAGAAGAGACAGCUGAUGUUGGAGGAACCCUGUCCUCACUAGAGCAUCAUCCCAGUGAUGAUGAGGAGCAACAAGAACCUUUGACGACCUCACCUGACGGCGAAAAGGACACAAACAAAGGAGAACGAUUCUACAAGCAGCAUCUUCCACACAACCAUCCGGCCAACGCAAACAGCCAAUUGGGAAAAACGAACUUUGCCGACUGCUCUGAGAUUUAUUCUGCUCAGGCAAUGUCUGGUUCUAUAGCUAGUGGGGUGUUUUCUAUCAAACCAGGUCAUAAGAGCGACUCAGUCUCUGUAUACUGUGAUCAGACCACAGAUGGGGGAGGGUGGACGGUCAUACAGAGGAGGUUUGACGGGUCCCUCGAGUUUUUCCGCCGUAUCGGUGCUUACCGAGACGGGUUUGGGGAACCAAAUGGCGAGUACUGGCUGGGGUUAGACAAAAUCUACCGUAUAACGCACCAGAACACGUACGAGUUGUAUAUUGUGCUUUCAGACUGGGUAGGGAAUGUGAAAUACGCUAGAUACUCCACCUUCUCAGUCGGUCCAAUGUAUGAUUACAUCCUGAGUGUCGGGGGGUAUAGUGGGACGGCCGGGGAUGGGUUCUUAUUGUCAAGUCCAUCGUUUACCAACAAUGGUGCGAAGUUCAGCACCGGUUGGUACGACCAAGACACCGACUCCUCAACUUCAGUGGCGGAAUAUUUCGGCGGUGGCUGGUGGUUCAACGGUUUCGGCCACAGUAACCUGAACGGUCCGUACUUCCGAGAUCCCGACCGCUACAACAGCAACGAUGGUCUGGGCGUCUUUUGGUAUCCGUUCUACAGUAAUAACAAUAACUAUUCUCUGAAGAGGACCAAAAUGAUGAUCCGGCCCACAAACUUCAGCACUAGGGCAGUAGGGUAGGGUGGCAGACAUGAUGCUCGAAAAGGGGUAAAAACGGUACUUUCAUGACUAUUGUUCCAAUGAUCUCAUACUACUUGUCCCUCCACUUCACUUUCACU